AUGAGCAUUUCAUCUGGAGGGGAGAUAACCUACGGAGGCAGGGUGACUGAUGCCUGGGACCAGCGCUGUCUGCGCACCAUCCUCAAAAGGUUCUUCUCUCCUGUCACCCUGGACCCAGGGUACACCUUCUCCACCUCAGGUGUCUACUUUGCCCCCGAGGCAGACAGACUGAGUGACUAUAACAGUUACAUAGAGAACCUUCCUCUCAUAGACGACCCUGAGAUCUUUGGUAUGCACGAGAACGCCAACCUCGCCUUCCAGCGUCUGGAGACCAUGACCUGAUCAACACCAUCCUGGAGGUACAGCCUCGCUCGUCAGCCGCGGGGGGCAAGAGCAACGAUGAGAUCGUCCACGAGCUGGCCGACUCCAUCCUCGCCAAGAUC